UAAUAAAAUAACCAAAAAUGACGGCCCAUUCAUCGUCUUCCACGUAUACAUUUGUGACCAACUACCCAUAGCAGGCUGUGAUUUCAUCAAUACUCCCCAUCCUCCGAACACGAAAUUUCAACGAAGCCCAAAUACACCACGUUUGGAUCUUUCUCCGAAAUUUCACAAUCCCUUUCGAGUACUAAGUCAGGUUUUAAUUUGUUUAACAAAGCCGUAACGAAUCUGUGGAGAAUUUUGCUUCUGCUUGGUUUAAUCAGUAGCUUGGUCUAAGGAUCUAAAAUUUUGUAAAUACAUUGAAAUGAGUCGACCUCAGGAACCACAUCGCCCUUUCUUCCAUUUUGGAAAUCCUUUCCGUAUGAUAUCACCUAAGAGUUCUCAGUUGUCUCCAAGACUUCUUUCUUUAUUGAAUGCGUUUGAGGCAACCUUGUCUGAGAGGCUGCUAAAACUUGUGCCAAAAGACAAAGAUAACAUCCUUAGCUUGUCAUGGAUGAAACUGGCAAUGGAGUCACUUUCUGAGAUUCAUUGUGACAUAAAAAAACUGAUAACUGAGCUUGAGCUACCUGUGACUGGUUGGGAUGAGAAAUGGAUAGAUGUGUACCUGGACAUCAGUGUGAAGUUGCUUGAUAUAAGUAUUGCUUUUACCUCUGAGCUUACAAGGCUCAACCAAGGCCAUCUCUUACUUCAGUGCGUCUUGUAUAAGUUGGAGUCAAACUCCCCAGAGCAAUUCAUGCAGGCCUGUUCCACACUUGGUAGCUGGAGACAGCAUAGUGGCUCAAAAAAUCCCAGAGUUGAAGCUUGUCGCCCAAUCUUGGACAACCUUGUAGAAUCAUUAAACUUGCCUAAGGUUAAGAACUCUGCUAAAGGAAAGGUGUUGAUGCGUGCAAUGUAUGGAGCUAAAGUGGUGACUAUAUAUAUUUGUAGUGUCUAUGCUGCAGCAUUCUCUGGUUUGGCCAAUAAUUUGUUAGAUUUAUCUGUUCCUGAUACACUACCAUGGGCACAAGUUUUUUCUGAAGUGCAAACUACCUUGAAUGCAGAACUUAGAAAUAUAUUUUCUUGCGGAAAAUUUACAGUUCUCAGAGAACUAGAUGCCAUUGAUGCAUGUAUCAAGAAAUUGUAUCCUUUGCUCCAUGAUGGGUUGGGUACUAUUGAAGAGGAAUCCUUCAAGAAUUCUGUUUCAGAUUUGAGAAUGAAGGCGGAGAAACUAUCACAGGGGCUAGAUAAUCUUUCAAAGGUAGUAGAUGGCUUUUUCAAAAUAGUUUUGACCGGGCGUGAUGCUUUGCUUUGUAAUCUAAGAGCAGGUGGUGAUGUCCCAAAUUCAAUGCUAGGAAGAAAUGUUGAAGGGCAGGUGGUGAGGUGAAUCAUGAAUGUAAUGAAGCUAAACUCUUCUGUAUACAGAUGGUUUAAGGAGGAACAUAUUCUUCUCAACUGGGGAGAAAGUUCCUUCGUGAUUAAUGUCUUUACAUGGUGAGUAACGUGACUCCUCAUCUUUCCAUAUGCAUCCUUAGGGAUGAUAUCUUGAAUUUGCUUCUAACUGUCUUAAUUUGGAUUACAUCUAAGUUUGAAUAUUUGUUUUGAUCCUGCCACAAUUGGCUUGAAUGUUGAGAAAUUGGAAGACAACUUUGAUGAAUCUACCUGUCUUUAUGAUUCCUAAAAUAAUAAAAAAAGCUUUUGAACUUUAUCACUUUAUUUAGAUAAACCCUUAUACUUUUAUUGUACCCAAGUGAGCCCCUAACCUUUAUUUUACACCAAAAUAAGUUUUUAAAUUUUAAUUUGUAUCCAAAUAAGCUCAUAAUGUUUAAUUGUACAUAAAAUAAAACUUUUAACAUAAAUCAAUCUUUUGAUUGAAAUAAAAGUAUAUUUGAAUACAAAUCAAAGAAUAGGAGCUUGGAUACAAUAAAAGUUUAUGGGUUUAUUUAAAUAAAAUGAAAAGUUCAGGGGUUCUUUUAGUAUUUUAGUUAAUGAUUAAACAUAGGAUCUAAAGAUAAAGUUACUCGUCUUUUCUAAUGCAGUGGGCUUGGUUUAAGACUUUAAGUUUGUACCUUUACGAGAUGGACUCGGAUGUUGUCUGAAUGGUAAUACAAACAAUUAUGCUAGGAACAGGGUCUUUUAUAUAUUCAGCUAAGCCCUUAAUGUUUCCAAAUUUAUCAGGAUUUUGUGAAAUUGGCAAUUGUUGUUCAAUCUAGAAUAGUAUUGUGGCAGUGGCAGGUGAAGGCAGAAGGGAUUUUCUUGGUACUGUUGUUUUUUAAUCAUAGGCUAGCUGCCGCCCAUGACCUGGUGGCUAGUAGCGCAUUGCUUGGUGCCUUGAGUCAAAAGACCCAGAACCCAGUAUUAGCACCGACCAGCCAAAUGAAGUAUGGUUCAAAUUUAAUUGACUUGGACCAUGUCGUGCCCAGAAUUGCCAAGAAAUUGCCUCCAGCUUCUUCAUGCAUCCUUUCCUGCUUUUACCAGGCACUGAGCUUUGAAAACCUGAAGCCUUCAGCUUCAUCGUUCUAUUGAUUUGCAAGACUUGACCUAAUAGUUCUUUGACAAUGAUUCUAAUAAUUGGACAAUCACUUUGAUUAUUGAGGUAGAUCUUGUCAAAGUCUUCUUAAAACCGUUUUUUUCUUUUACAAUAUGCCACAAUACGAGAACAGGAAAAGAAUUAUGGG